AUGGACCAGUCUCGCCCGCUGUCCGUGUCCAUUCCAACAACAGUGGGCGCAUAUGGUCCGCCAUACCCGCGGCGACCGAAUUUGAGGGAGAUUCUCGCAAACACAUCACCUCCACCGUGGACACUGGCCGCGUUCAUGGCAUAUCUAUCGAGCAAUCACUGUUUAGAGACGCUGGAAUUCACAAUGGAUGCUGGGAGAUACAAGAAGCACUACGCAAAGAUGAUGUCGCGAGCCACAGACGGCGGAGACCCACCUGCGAAAGACCGAGAAUACGUCGCUGCGCUGUGGCAGCGUCUGGUGGAAGCAUACAUCCAACCAAAUGGUUCUCGUGAGGUGAACCUCCCAUCCCAAGUCCGCGAUCCCAUCGUCAGCCUCAAAGCGACAUCACAUCCUCCUCCACCCGAAGCGCUCGACCCAGCCGUGGCCAAAAUCUACGAGCUGAUGGAAGAGUCCGUGCUAGUACCCUUUCUCAACUCCGUCUACCUCCAAACCGCUCAUCCCGUACCGUCGUCAUGGCCAUAUGCGGGAAAUGCUUCGGACGAAUCACUCAACAACAGUGCCAAUCGCGACGAACACUCUCAAUAUGCCCGCCGCGCACGACCUUCACCUCCUCUCAAUACCGCCGUACCACCUCAUGGAUAUUCAUAUUCACCCGCCUCAUCCGCGACAUCAACAUCCUCAUCCAUGGCCUCUGCAUCACAUUACUUCCGCAAAUCCACCACUCCCAUUGGUAGCGCGCCCAUGAUGACGGAUGAUAGUGGGAACAGCACUGGCUCACCGACACACGACUCCCCAAUGACACCGCCGAUGAAACGAGACCUCAACACUCAAAAUCUAUGA